UUCAUCAGCUCAAGAUGAUGGACGAAGAGGCCACCAAGCGUUACUGUUGGGGGAGCGACGCCGGGCUGCAGCAGGAACCAGCCGAGGGAGGGGGUAACGUUCAGGCUGGUGAAGAGGAGAGAGAGAUCACUGUCCUGCCCCGGAGGAAGACGGAGGAGCUGGACGCCGCGACCACGAUAAAGAUGCCGCCAUCCUCGUCCUCCUCCUGCUGCACGUCCUGCAUCAGUCUGAAGGACCGAUGUCCUCGACCUCGGGGCCUCAUCAACCUGCUCGUCACUAAAGUGUGUCUGUUCGCUCUGCUGUUCGGGGUCGUCUGGGCCAUCACAGGAACGCAGUGUUUACCUGGAGGGAACCUAUUUGGCAUCGUCAUCCUCUUCAUCUGCUCCGUGCUGGGAGGGAAGCUGGUGGGAAUGAUCCAGCUGCCCACACUGCCCCCCUUCCCGCCGCUACUCGGUAUGCUGCUGGCAGGUCUGCUGUUGCGUAACGUUCCCUACAUAACCGAUGCCAUCGUCAUCGACACUCACUGGUCUGCAGCUCUGAGGAACAUCGCCCUGUCCAUCAUCCUGACCAGAGCCGGGCUGGGCCUCAACCCCUCGGCGCUGAGCCGCCUGAAGGCGGUGUGUGUGCGUGUAGCCAUUGGACCCUGCAUGGUGGAGGCCUGCAUCAUUGCUGUGGCUUCUCACUUCCUGCUGGGUCUGCCAUGGGUGUGGGGCUUCAUACUGGGUUUUGUCCUGGCUGCAGUGUCUCCAGCAGUUGUUGUUCCUUCAAUGUUGCUCCUGCAGAGAGAAGGAUACGGAGUGGAGAAGGGAAUCCCCACCCUCCUGAUGGCUGCUGGAAGUUUUGAUGAUAUUCUCGCCAUAACAGGGUUCUCUACUUGUCUGGGAAUCGCCUUCUCUACAGGCUCUACCUGGAUGAACGUACUGAAGGGUCUGCUGGAGGUGGUGGGAGGCAUCGUAGCCGGGAUGAUCCUGGGCAUGUUCUUGUACUACUUCCCCAGCGAUGACCAGGAGGACCUUGUGCUGAGGAGGACCCUCAUGUUGUUGGGUCUGUCCAUAUUUUCGGUCUUCUUCAGUCAUGUUAUUGGUUUUGCUGGAGCCGGUGGUCUCUGCACGCUGGUGCUGGCUUUCCUGGCUGCACUGGGCUGGAAGACAGAAAAGAACCCGGUAGCAGCCAUGCUGGGUCGGUCAUGGGAUGUGUUUCAGCCACUUCUGUUUGGUCUGAUUGGAGCUGAGAUAACGAUUGGAGCCCUCAGCCCGAGCACUGUAGGUCUGGGUAUGGCCUGCAUCACUGUUGGUCUCGUGAUCCGUCUACUUGUCACCUUCCUGUUGGUUCAUUACGGAGGAUUCAACUUAAAGGAGAAGCUCUUUAUUGCUGUGGCCUGGCUGCCUAAAGCCACUGUGCAGGCUGCCAUCGGCUCAAAGGCAUUGGACAUGGCGAGGGAGGAAGGGGAUGAGGCCUUAAUUAAGUUCGGUUUGGAUGUGCUAACAUUAGCGGUGUUAGCCAUCCUGACCACAGCUCCCAUUGGUGCGCUGGGUAUCGGACUGGCAGGCCCACGUCUCCUGGCCCGGCAGGUCAAAGCAGAAGAGGCAGAAGGUGAAGCCACGUCAUCCUGCCGCAACGGGGCUGUUCAAGAAAAAGACAACGUGACUCUUGAGAGCAAGCUAUGAGGCUUCUGAGUUAAACUGUAUAUAGAUAUAUCCACACAUUAUAUGGCUCAUAAACAGUAUUUAGCUGCA